UUCUAUAAGAUUAGUUGGGUUUUAGAUUAGGAUAUUAUACUAUACUUAGUAUUGAAUCUACAAGAAAAAGUACGUAACAAACUCAGCUAGAGUUUUUAUAAGGAAACAUCUGCAUUUCCUUUUCUAGCAUCGCUAGGGCAAACAUUUUAUGCAUCUAAGUAUCUAACACACAAUAACGAAAUCUAUUAACAAAUAUAUAUGGUUUUAUUCUUUUAUAGAAAAAUUCUUUCUUUGAUAAGAAAAUAAUUCUUUCUUUGAACAUUAUUCCCCACGAAUUACUCUGCGAACGCCAUUACACAUCACAUUAUCAUUACCUAAUCUUGAUUAAUUUGGUUAUAACUAUUUUGAUUAUUUAACUUAUUUAUCAUAUGACUUUUAUAUUGUAGACUUGUCAAACACUAUUAAAUAAUAUUUACAUAAAAUUAUGAUGAAUGUAUAUAACAUUUAGUUAUGUGAUGGCUCAUCUGCACAGAUGUGUGUAUAUAUACACACACACACUAGAACGUAUAGAGCUACGAAAGAAAGAAUAUAAGAGUUUUUGAUCAAAAAAAAAAGAAAGAAUAUAAGAGUUCAUUAAUCUUCAAGAAAUUAGAGUUCUCAAUCAGAAGAUAUACCAAACCAAAAUGGGAAGAUCACCGUGUUGCGAUCAAGACAAAGGCGUGAAGAAAGGACCGUGGAUGCCCGAAGAAGAUUACAAGCUCGUGGCUUAUAUAGAUAAAAACGGUUAUGGGAAGUGGCGGUCACUUCCUAACCUCGCUGGACUAAACCGCUGCGGAAAGAGCUGCCGGCUCCGGUGGAUGAAUUAUCUCCGGCCUGAUAUCCGGAGAGGCGAGUUUACCGAUGAAGAAGAGAGUACUGUCGUUAAACUCCAUGCCCUUCUUGGCAACAAAUGGUCGAAGAUUGCGAGUCAUCUUCCAGGAAGGACCGAUAACGAAAUAAAAAACUAUUGGAAUACUCAUAUGAAGAAAAAAAUGUUGCAAAUGGGGAUUGAUCCAAUCACCCACGAGCCAAAAACCAACGAUCUUAGCCCUAUCCUCGACGUUUCUCAAAUGCUUGCCGCUGCUAUUGGCAACAGCCAGUUUGGUAACAAUACUCUCUUCAACAACAACAUUGCUGUGGAAGAUCUUCUCAAACUCCAGUUGAUUCAUAAAAUGCUUCAAAUCAUAGCCCCUAAAGCCAUACCAAACAUCAAUAGCUUCAAUACUAACUCAUUUAAUACUAAACGGGAGCCGGUAGUCAAUAACAUCAAAACCAAUCCAGUGAAUCCUAAACCGAAGCUGGCGGCGGCUGGACAAUUGAAUGCUAUUGAACGACAUGUUUUCACAAACCAAACUGAAGAUGAAGAUUUCAUGCCAUCUUUUGAGGAUGUUUGGGAUUGUUUUGAAGAUAAUCAGCUUCCUGGUUUGGUUACGGUUUCUCAGGUAAAUUAUCAAACCGGAGACGGUAUGAUGCCAGAAUAUUAUGGUGAUCAAUUACGUGAAAUCCCAUCUACUGGUUCGAUAUCGGUUACUCCUGAGACAUCCGGAUUGAAUUAUCCCAGUAAGACUCAACACUCAUCCGGUUCAGAUAUCCUAGAGGACUGGGAGAAGUUUCUUGAUGAUGAAACAAACGACUCUUGCUGGAAAAGUUUCUUAGAUUUAACGUCGCCCACGUCGUCACCCGGCCCGUGGUAGACAGGAUUUUGUUCAAAGUCGUAUACUCAUCAUAGUUUUAAAGAUUCAUACACAGAAAGUCAG